AUGCCGCCCACAGAGUCUAUUGGAUGUUUUGAAUAUCAGCUGAAGCUCCGCGACUUCAUUGCAAUUGACGCGGUUCUACAAAAUCGAAAGCAGAACUUCCCGUUCCGCUCCCCAUCCGCUUCCAACCCAUCAUCACGCCCUCUCUCCAAUGCCAACCCCCCACGUUCUCGCACCGCCUCAUCAUCCAGUACUUGGAGUGCUCGCCGUCGAGACCUCAAACCAAGCGCUAGACGACAUCACGCCUUCACUGGUCGACAAGAGUACAUUGUGGACUUGUAUGGAAGCCCUUGUCGACGUGUCGUCCGUCCUCAUCCUCUCAUAGCCACGUCAUCGCCUAAAGUUCCCGUUCUGCCGCCCAAUCCACCAUCGUGCCCUUUCCUAUGCCCACCCCACGUUCUCGCACUGCCUCACCACCCUGACACACAAAGCACGCUAGACGCCAUCGCAUUAACACUGGUCGACAAAAGGUUGAUUGUGCGCUUGUAUGGAAAGUAUCGCAACAGCCCGUGUCAACGUGUCGUCUGUCCUCAUCCACUCAAACCCACGUCGCCAUCGCCAUCGCUCGCCAAACCGUCGUCACCACCUCCCAUUGGUCUGCUGACCAACGCGAUCUUGUCAAAUGUAGUCGCUAUUCGUGUAGUUAGCGACUUCAGCGCGUCACAGUCCUCUACGCUGCCCAAACCUCGGAGUAGGGCUGUUUAG